AUGACGAGGGACAAUUCGAGGCCAACAGACUUGGCGGUGGCCCUGACUGGCCACCGGGACUCCCCGAAUCAAAUCGACGAGCUUGUGAUGCUUGUCGUGCCCGUAAGUACGUUGUCCUCUGAAAGCCGCCUAGCUUGCACAAUAACAUGCCAACUCUUCGCCUUAAGUGAACGAAAGAUAGACCUUAUCGAUAACAAGCUAGCAAAAGCCAUUGGACUUCUUGAAAAACUCCAAGUGGGUGGCUCAUCCAACGAAAGUUCUCAACCAGCAAAGACUUCAUGGAUGUCUACAGAGACACCACUCUCUUUACCCACACCAGCCAGCCACUCAUCCCAGCCGAGGCAGGCUCGGGGGCAGGUAGUCGAGGGAGAAUCUUCAUUGACCGCCCACUCUGCCUUUGCCAACGAGUUCUUGCAAAAGGUCGCCGCGACGGACUCCAUACAACAGUCUAGCCCAGAACUAUCUGAGACUCUCGAUGAGUUGUCUGACAUCCUAACGCAACAAGGUGCUGCAAUUGACGAGGCACCAUACCCGCAUGCCAGACCAAUCCAGCCAUUGAAACAGCCACAAUGUGAAAUGCCUCCACUAAAGACGGCUAUUGCUCUGAUCCGAAUUGCAAAAGCCAAAGAACUCGUGGGAAGUGGUUGGAUUUACGAGUUCCUUCCAUUCCAGCGCUUCACCGACAUGUGUCUUGACGUUUACUUCAAUGACAACCAUUCCGAAGCCAACUUUAUCACUGUUAACGCUGGCCUUUAUUCCUUGUUUCGAGACUACAUUUUCCAUGUUUCGGCACAAGAAAAGGAAGCAUACACUGCACAUAGUAUCUUGUGUCGCGACAAUCUUGAGACUGCUUUAUCCAACCUGCCGUUACAUCUACCUGCGACAACUGAUAUGAUUCUUGCUCUUGUGUUUGGAGCUUUCUAUGCUAUCGAGCUGUCGAAGCCGUCUCUGUCAUGGACCUUGACUGUAAAGGCAUCAGAGCUGUGCCAGACUAACGCCUACCAUAGACUCUCAUCGAUGGAAAACGAUAAGAGUGAGGAUUCCCGAUACAAACAGUUUUUAUUUUGGAGCAUCUACUUCAUCGACAAGAGUCUAUCUCUGAGGCUAGGGCGACCCUCGACAAUCCCUGACUGGGAUAUCACGAUACCUCGACCAUCUAUCAACGAUGCUCAUUCGGAACCCGUUUCCGCCUACUUUGUUUUGUGGAUCGAGACAGCCCGAUGCCAAGGCAAUAUUUACGAGAUGUUGUACAGCCCCAAUGCUAUGGCACAAUCCGACCAGGUCAAGCAGUCCAGGGUUGAGGCUUUGCUAUCGGAUCUGCAUCAAUUAGAGACAACAACCUUGGAAACCAAUACCAUAUGGCUGGAAGAAGCAAAGAAGAGUUCUGGCGAGGAUCUAGUGAAUUUCUUCUAUGUGUCGGAUAACGUCCUCCGCCUAUCACUCCUCACGCUUGUUCAUCGCGCUGCUCCACGCUUGCCUGGCUCUGCUACAACUUUCAAUUCCGACUGCAUCGCUGCUGCUAGGACAACCUUACAGAAGCAUGAAGAAUGCAUAGCCCUCAUUCAAAGAAGUGCAACACCAUAUCUUGCGACAUACAUGCAUUGGACACUUCUAUUUGCUCCAUUUAUUCCAUUCAUCGUCAUUUUCUGUCAUGUCAUCGAAACCCAAAAUGAGUCGGAUCUUGCCCGUCUUCAGGCCUUUGUCACGUCUAUCCAAUCUGCCACAUCAAUUUCUAGACCCGCUGCUAGGUUACAUCGAUUGUUCCAAACUCUUUGCAAAAUUGCUCUAAGCUACAUCAAGUUUCACUCUACGACACCAGCGGACAACCGGCAAUACGGUUCAAAAAUAGACUCUUACUUGGACGCUCUGGGAUUCUCUUCUGCAAGCGGUGGCAAUCCUAGUCGACAUGAUAAUAUGUUUUCUCAGCAAAAUAGUAUCGUCGGUGAUGGGGCGAUUGGAAGCAAUAAUGCAGGAACUAGUGUAGACGGUGUGGGCGACGAAUUUCGCGUUAUCAACCCGAUGAUGUGGAUGGGAAAUAGUAUGGAGUUGGAGGAAUGGCUAGAGAACAGUGAGGUCAUGGCCGGUUUGAUUUAG